CAAAAAAAUUAAACAGACACUGAAAUAAAUACGUUUGUUUGUGUUGCUAACGAACCCUUCUCUACUGCCAACAUUCACAAUGCUUUAUUUUAUUCUCUUUGUUGGGACGUUCGCCCUGUCCUCGGGGCAAUUCACGACUAGCCCAUCGUUUACAACAUCAACCACAAGUUCCAUAACCUUCACUGCUAACCCGUUGUUGGCACCAACAACAACACCACCUACAAGCACAGCUGGUGUCUUCGAGGGUUCAACAACACCCACAGCUGACGGUUCAACAACACCCACAGCCGGUGUCUUCGAGGGUUCAACAACACCAACACCCACAGCCGGUGUCUUCGAGGGUUCAACAACACCAACACCCACAGCCGGUGUCUUAGAGGGUUCAACAACACCCACAGCUGUCCAACCAACAACAACAAUGAUUCCUACACCAAACCUGACCACGUUUGCACAUGCAGCGGUGAACUUAUCCAGCUAUGAAAAUCUGGAUAGCGAUGCACUCGUUUCAAACAUUGAGGAGUUCUUGAAGCAAAUAAGCGAUAAUGCCCUUGGACCUCUGAAGAUAACAGUGAAACGUUUCACACAAUGUAGCGGCGCCCAGUGUGGGGACCAGCAACCCUCUACUACCUCUCAACCCUCCCCUGACACUCAACCCUCUACUACCCCUCAAACCUCCACUAGCCCUCAAUUCUUCCCUGACACUCAACCCUCUACUACCCCUCCAUUCUCCCCUGACACUCAAACCUCCACUGGCCCUCAAACCUCCACUGGCCCUCAACCCUCCACUGGCCCUCAACCCUCCACUGGCCCUCAACCCUCCACUGGCCCUCAACCCUCUACUACCCCUCAAUUCAUCCCUGACACAACCUCCGCUGGCCCUCAAACCACAUCUUUAAUAGAUACCAUUCCGGUUUCAUAAUCACCACUGAUUCAUCAGACAUCUCUAUAGCCGACUUGUUGAUUGUUAACUUGUCAAUAAUUUGAAAUGGAGUGGGAUAAAUUGAAAUGUAGGUACAUAAAUAUAUGUCAUACAAGUUCAUACUCUAACUUUGAAGGAAUAGCUAUGAUUUUUAAAAGUGAGUGAUAUUGGUAACACUUCCCAUUGAGGUAUCCUUURAGUGAGUUGUAAAAGGUAUAUGAAUACUUCAACAUCAACCGUAUUGACUGGGAUUAGGUUUUGUAUUUUACUGUAUGACAGGGACUGGUAGAUAUUGUAAUCAACAAGUUUAAAUCAAUAUGUGGAAAUAUCUCCAUUGACCCUGAACUUGGAUGUAGUAAAUAAAAGACUCUGCUUUGUGAAGAUUUAAA